AUGCAUUGCGAGCAGCUCUGAAUAACUUUAUGAAAGAAACUGAUACUUCAGGAAUCAUCAUUCGCAGCCAAACACCUUGAGAACGUCAAGUCACCAACCGUGUUUACAGGGAACUUUUUCUAUGCGCAUUACAGUCUCACUUGGACUCACGCAGACACCAUGAUACUCACUUCGCACUUGUUCAAAGCGUUGAUAGUUUGUGUUCCGUUCGUUCUUGUUAUUCGCGAUGCAAGGAAUGUCUUUGGAUCAGCCCCUGACAUUUGCCCCCCUGGAUGGAUGCAUUGGAAUAACACGUGUUACUACUUUGCUUUAUUUUGAAUCAAGCCGGGUCGCAUGGCAAGACGCUCGACAGGCAUGUCAGAGAAUCCGUGGAGGAGACCUUGUCAGCAUUCACAGUGCUGCAGAGAACGACUGUAUAGAACACCAUAUCUCAGGUCCUUGUUGGAUUGGACUUAAUGACCUCAGGACAGAAGGCAAUUUCCAAUGGUCGAAUGGGUCAUCAUCUGUUUACAAAAGCUAUAGCAACAACGAACCAAAUGAUUUCCAUGGCCAAGAGGACUGUGUGGAAAUAAGGUCGUGGUUAGCAGACACCAUCAUACCAGAUUUAAAUGUGAAUCCUUCGGAACCUAAACCAAGCCCACCCAAAGAGAUAGUUAAGUUCGGUACAUGAAAGGUUUGAGAUGGGCCAAGGCGAUUGUUUUUUGUCUUUGCUGUGUCUAAGCCCUCGGACGAUGUGAGGAUGGCUGGAUGAACUAUGAAAAGAGCUGUUACCGCAGCUUGUCAGAUCCUCUUCUUUCUUGGAAGAAAGCAAGGGAUGUUUGUCGAAAAGGAAAUAACACCAGUACGCAUGGAGACCUUGUUACAGUGAAUAAUCGGCGAGAACAGGCAUUCUUGAAUACUAUCGUUCGAGAAAACAGCACUUAUUUUUGGAUUGGCCUUUAUGGCUUGAUAUGGGAGGAUACAUUCCUUCGGACAGAUAAUAGUCAUCGUAGAUACACCAACUGGAAUGUCAAUGAACCCUCAAAACAUAACCAGUCCAUGGAAUGCGUACUCAUGAAUCCUCAUAAAGAUGAAGGAAGAUGGAGGACUGCGUCAUGUAGUCAGAGGAACGGGUUUAUCUGUG